AUGGAAGUCUUACAAAGUGCUGGAGAGGUUCUAGAAAAGGAAUGUGAUGAAAUUUUAUCAAAAGUUCAAGACGUUACUAACUUGGACACUAUGUCCGUAAAACCCUUACUUAAUCCUAUUGCUGAAGAAACUAUGGAAACUGGAGAUUCUAAUGAUACAGUUGAUAGAAUAUUAGAUACCGAAAUACAACAAAUGAAACAGAAUGAAAAGAGUGAAAAUGUUGAUACAAAAAAAACUGAAAUAGAUGUGAACGAAGAAACAGAAGCACUUACGGUAGACGACAAAAAGAAAUCGGAAGGUUCUACUGACAAAGCAUUAGAAACAAGCCCAGAACAAAAAUUAAGCGAACAAAUGGAAGAAAAAAAGAAUGAAGAAAUAGUUAAAGAAUCAGAGAAAGACCCUGAAAAUAGUAAAGCAGAGUCAAAAGAAGACAAUAUAACUAAGGAAACUAAUAAAGGCGAGAUUGGAAGUACAGAAGCGUCUGCUGAAGUAAGUGUAGAACAAAAAAUAUCUGACAGCGAUACAAAAGUUCCUUUAGAUUCAAAAGAAAAUACUUUAGGGGUCGAAGUAAAGCCUGAAAGUGAAUCAGCAGAGUCACAAGUGAAUGGGAAAACAAAUGGAGAAACUGUACCUGUUAGUUUGAAUGGAGAUGCUAGCAAAGAUGAAGAAUUGAGUUCUCGAUUGUCAGCUGAAAAUGGUAAACAAGAAGAAGUAAAUGGUUCCAAUGGUGACGCUGUUGUAACAGAAAAAGUCCAAGAAGAUAAUAAGAACAACCUACGGAAGCAUAAAAUUGUGAGCAAGACAGAAAACAUUCAGGAAUUUGUAGCAUUGUUGGCUCACAUCAGAAGAAUGACAAGACUGAGGUUGCUUCCACACUAA